AUGAGUACUUCCACUUCUACGUUUCAACUGAGUUCCAUGACGACGUUCCAUGAUAAUUCGUCAAAAGACGGCGAUGGAAGUCAAAUUCCGAUUCAAGAUGGUCGGUUUAUUACUGCAAUUCGUUCAGAAACCAGUGGAAUGAUUUACGUGUGUUUUAGCAGUAGAAUUUACUGCUAUGGACAAAACAUGAUGAAGCUUGAAAAAUGUGAACAAUGCAAUUUGGAUAAAGCAUUCGAUGUCAUAAAUUUCCAAAUAAAUAGUAUAGAGUUUCUGAUUGCCUUGUGCUCGACGAACGAGAUGAUAUUGAUAAAUGCGAGCUCAUUCGAGUUCGUUUCGAGAACAUGCAUAAGUGAUUACAUUCUUUUAAAUCGUUGUGGGCUUGCUACGGUUGAUUCAGCAAAUCGAACGCUCCUCAUCCCUACGCGAGGAAAUUCUAUUUUGAACUAUGAUUUGAGAAAUUUGGCGAAACGAAGAUGGAGACUAAAAUCAACAGAAGCUAUAUCUAGUGCUGAUGAAAUACUUCUGAUCUGCCGAUUGAAAUCAAAACCCAAAACAUGGAUCAAAGUGACGUAUAGCGCCAGAAGUCAUAGCAUUUAUGUGUCUUGUGAUUUAAGCACCCUUACAAAUUGUUCAUUCUUUCUCCCAUAUUUUGCCGCUCUUGAUCUCGAUGAUCGCGUUUUGGCUGUUGGAGCGUUCGAAGAUAAAACAGGCUUGGUCAUAGUAACAAGGGACCGUACCAUCAUCAUAUCAGAUCAAGUCCUGGAUCUUCCGAAUGAGAACCUAUCAAAGUUUCUUGAUAUGAAUUUUAUUACAAAACUUGUUUACUGCUCGGGCUUGCUAGACUACGACACUACAAUUAUCACCCUCAUGAGUGAUUCAGGCCACAUUCUUCGAACCAACCUUGUGCUCAAGAAAAGUGAUCCGCGCGUUGUUUGGACGCAAGCGCACAACGCUAUCCUUUCGAAAACUCCUAUUAACACCUUAAACGCAGUGUUAAAGAUAUCCAAGGAUACAUUUUUAUUAUUCGCGAGUUCGGAAGGUCUCUUGGUCUUUCGCUAUGCAACAGAUGAACUUCUUUUGAUUAUGAGAUGUGAGAUGAAGUCAUAUUUGGAUUUGCAAAAUAUUAGUUCUCUGAACAAUUUUGGAAGCUGCUUCGCGGCCUGCGGCGGAUACGGAAGGGGACUAGGAUUCAUAGAAUUAAUAAGUGAGGGGCUGGAUCAGAACUCAAUUGAACUUAUCAAGGCUUGGGAUACUGGAGUGAAAGAUAUACAAACGAUGACAGCAUAUGGACGCCAUCUAUAUCUUUUCAGCGACGCUUUCUACUCUUGGUCAUUGGAUAACGGGAAAACCUUAGAACUUCCUAUCAAAGAAUUAAAUCGUUAUCCACUUCUUUACGAACGCAUUAAAGGUACGAGAUUUGUCUAUAUUUCUGCCUUAACCAACCAACCCCGUUCUUAUGUUGGCCUGCGUGAAAAUGGCGAAAUAACUCUGAUAGCAGAUGAUGGGAAGAGAGAAGCUUUGAUUUCCAUUUAUGAUUCCAAUAACGUAAAGAAUAGCGUUGUUGCUGCUGCGUAUAUCAGCAACAAGCAGGGAAUCCUAGUUAUUUUAGUGCAAAGGCAGCAGCUUCACGUAUUUCAAGGCGGGAAAUGGUUGUCACCAUUUCGAAUUGACACCCAAAACCCAUUUGACGUGGUUGUACUUCCCAUAAGUGAAUCUGAAUGGCUAGUGGCUGUGUCCUCUUAUGACGGCGAGUUUGAAUUCGGGCUUUUUUCAGAUACCAGAACCGAACUCACUAUCAAAGUUAAGAAAGGUAAAGCGGUCGAGCCCAUCAAAAUUUGCCAGCCCAUAUCCAAUCCCUAUAACUGCAAGUUAUGGCUGGCUUAUGAUAGCAAACGGGUCUACCUUUUCGAUGUCCACGAGUUCAGAGCCAUAAAUCUUGAGUUCGGGAUCCAAGAACUUUCACAAAUUGAUGACACACAUUUCGCUGCUUUGGCAACAACAGGCCAAAUCAUUGUCUUUCGCUUGAAGCUGAGCUCACUGGAUCAUAUCCCACAGGAGAGCUACUGGAUUAAACAAUAUCGAGAAAAAGAGACUGUAUUCCAUCACCUAACGCCGCUCUCGAACCCUCAAUACGUUGUAGCGAUCUGUCGCGACAGCUUGUUCCAAUCGCAAGCAAUCAUUUUCGAUUUAAAAUCUAUGAUGGUCAAAUCCAGGUUCAAGUUUAGAGGAUCAGGAACUGUCAAAACCGUGGGAAGGCUACAUGAUCCUUUUGACGACAAACUGUUGGUCAUAUUCGCAGGCCAAGAGUCGAAAGACGACCACGUUUUUAUAGUCACUAUUGAAGAAAUGGUUUUGAAAUAUUGUUGCAAGGCGAAAGGCUCCGGAGGUUUUGAUAGCUUUUGCCAAAUGGGUAACGAGAUUUAUAUUUUUGGCAAUGCGGUCUCUCAUUUUCGUCUCUCUAAGGGAAGAAGCGGUAAAUUUCGUAUCCAGCAAAUCGAUGGUGACACUGGUCAAGCCGUACAACCGCUGAAACCUUCGACGAGUUUACUUUUCUCGGGACUUUUGCAUAGUUUUGGUCCUCAAGUCUUACAAAGUUGUGCUUCUGAUGGGAUAAUCUCGCCAGAGCUUUUGCUACAAUUUUGUGCAAACGAAAUUGAACAGGAUCUACCUUUCCCUAUCAUAUCCAGUGACAUUUACCAAAAUGUGUACUUUGCUGAUCACAACAGGUCUGGUUUACAAGUAUCUGCAAGAAAAAUGGCAGAUGAACUCCUGCAAGCCGCUGAGCGCGGAUGUAUCUUGGCUAUUGCAAAUGCCCAUCAAGUUCAGGUCUGGGAAUGCAGCUGGGGGCCAUUAGGUUCAGCCCAUUUGCCACAGACAGGCUCAUGCCGAUGUUCAAUUUAUAUGCCCGGAUUUGUACGAAUUAACCGUGUGCGCAAAAUUGGAGACAAGACCUCGCACAGCUUCAUUCUGUGCACAACGAAUGGACUUUAUCAAUUACGAACGAUAACUCCUGAAACGGGAGAGAUGAUGUAA